AUGCCUACCGUGCCACUACAGUAUGAAACCUUGAAGUCUGUUCUGCUUUACAUGGAGCCUAAUAUACGAUUCCGAAUCUCUCUUCUCAUGCCAUCAAUCAGCGCUCUUGAGAGCCGUCUACCGCUUAAAGUUGAGAAUCUGAUGUUUUCAAGGGAAAAAACGAAUGUGAAUAGGUUCUCCUAUCAACUUGGUAUUUACUUUGAUUAUGGACGUAAUGAAAUGCCCUUCAAUGUACAUAAUUCGAAUAAUUGUGGAGGCUCUUCCAAUGACUUUGAUCAAUAUGGAUUCAUUAUAUAUCCCGGUGUGAAUGAUGUACUCCCUGGAGACGUCGAUUUGAGACAAGGAUAUCGACAUAUUUCUCGGAAUGAUAGUGAAAGAAGAGAGCAAUUCAUUGUCCAGCGGCUGAGAAUUUAUAAAAUGUUACUGGCUGAAAAACUUAAUCAACAGUAUAUUGAAGACGCCGAGACAAGAAGAAUUGCAGUAGGUCCCUGGGAUCCAUCGCUAGAGGCAUCAAUUCGAAGAAGUGCAACUAACAAUUCUGUUGAAGACAUUCAGUCAGUGAUUGAGACUAACCGUGAGGAAUUAAGGCCGUACAACAAUCGUCGUAACAACAGGACUCCGCCAUACACUGCCUGCAUUCAGCUAACCGUCAAAUCUACAAAAGGCUAUCAGUUCCAACGUGUUCUAUACAACAAGUAUCUUUAUGAAGCGGAGAAGGCAAUGCACACAAAACUGUUUGUAAAUCGAGACAAUAUUGUAACUGUGAAAAAUCUAAAAUUCAACACGGACAAUCAAGUUCUUCGAUUUCCUGCGGGUACUAUCCUGAAAAUCGAGAAUUUAGAAGUUUUACGUUGGAGUGCAUCUCAUUUCGAGUGCCUAACGAAUAUUAUUGAUCCGUCAUCAUUUCCAAUUCAGCAACUCAAAAUGGAAAGCUCUCUCAGUUCUCCAGAUUUUCGACACAGCAUUGUGAAAGAAGCGAAGUCACUAGUUAUCGAUAAUCACUCGUUUGGUAAUGCUUCAUGGACACCAAUUCUUCUGAAUCUGACCAACCGAAGAGUGUGUUUGAUGAAUGAGAACCAACGUGUUCCUCCAAAUAACUACGUGAAUUUAAUCGAAGAUUGGUUGGAGAGAGGACGUCCAGUCGGGACCACUUUCAGUAUGGGUCUCAAGAACGAAGAUACAGCGAAACAGUGUUUGGAUACUCUGAAACAGAGAGAAAAUGUUUUAGGAUCUACUGAAAAACAAGUACAACUCCGUAUCAAUGCUUCAUUGAAGCUCAAUGUCUCUUAUGAAAUGAUUGACCAUACAGGCAGUUUUCCUAGUGAGUAUGCUUCAAACUUGUGGCUGAGACUGAAAGUGAUUCGUAGACGAUCGGAAUAA